UCUAUCCAUCGUGUAGAGGCCUAUUUGUGAUCAUUUCUUUAUUCUGACUCUCUGCGCAAUACAAGCAAAUAUAUAUUAAUGGGUAGCGAAUACAACCCGGCGAGUAAAGCCCAUUAUGAUAUCAGCUUGUCGAAGAGAACCAGAAAGCCACUGUCGGAUCUCCAGAAAGAAGUUCGCUCGUCAGGUUCUCCAGAGAAAGGAAGCCCCAAUUCCGAAGAAGAAGAAGAGGAAGAAGAAGAAAAGGCUGGUGGUAAAGAAGCUAGAGAGGAGACUGAGCACAAGAGCUUGAAGCAGCUGAUCAGAGAGAGGAGUCCCCUUGGUCGCCAUUUCACAGAGGAUCAGGAUCAGGAUAAUCUUGAUCAGAAUGACAAGGCCCAGCAGAAGCGGCAGCUUCAACUGGUGGUGGUUAAGCAGCGUGAGGAGGACUUGGACUUGGAUGGGGUGAAGUUGAAGAAACUGGUGGGUAGGUAUGCCAGAGUUUUGAGCCGCCUGAUCAAGGUCAAGAGCAAGAGGCAUAAGCCACCCCCACCCCUCCCAUUAUUGCCCAUGCAAUAAUUAAUUAGUGCUGCUUGCUUAUACUUCAAUACUUCUCUCAUCUCAUGCACCAUUUAGCCUUUGCUCUGGUUGUUGCUGUUGAUCUUGAGGCUAUUUUUUUUCUAUUUGCCUCGCAUGUUUGAGGCUGCUUUGGUUUUAAUUUUGUUUCUUUUGUUUGUUGUGAGAGGGUCAUGCUGUAUUUUGUUUCAUGGUAGAGUAUGAUUCAGCUUGUAUCUGUAGGCAUUUUUGCGCUUUUCCUGUCAAUAUAUUUAUUUACACCCAAAA